GGUCCUCCGAUUCCGAUUCCGAUUCCGUUUCCGAUUCCAACUUCCUGUCUCUCUCUAUCUCCAUCUCUCUUGUGUCCCCUAUUCCUCUCUCACAAACACCACAUCCAAAACGGUUUGAGCAGAUUUACAAUCCUCCGCCGUCGAUCACCGUCUCUGUCGGCCGUCAACAACCUUCCCGCAGAAGAAGGUUUAACCAGGGGCUUGGUCAAGAAAAAUCAAGCCCUUGUGUGGUUCUCAUUGAUAUAGAGACGGAGACGGAGAAAUGGCUAUCGAUUCAACUUCUUUACCUGAACCUGCUCCUUCCUGGUUUACUCCUAAAAGGUUGCUUGUUGUAUUCUGUGUGAUCAACAUGGUAAAUUAUGUGGAUCGAGGAGCUAUUGCGAGUAAUGGUGUGAAUGGGAGUCCCAGAAGUUGCACAGAGAGUGGUGUGUGCUCAGAUGGUAGUGGAAUUCAGGGUGAUUUUGACCUGACCAAUUUUAGAGAUGGGGUCAUAUCCUCUGCUUUCAUGGUUGGACUUCUUGUUGCAUCUCCAAUAUUUGCAUCCUUGGCCAAGAGCAUCAAUCCUUUCAGACUUAUUGGAGUUGGAUUGUCGGUCUGGACUCUUGCCGCAGCUGGUUGUGGGGUUUCAGUUGAUUUUUGGUCAAUCACAGUCUGCCGAAUGUUAGUUGGUGUUGGUGAAGCUUCAUUCAUAAGUCUUGCAGCUCCAUUCAUUGAUGACAAUGCUCCAGUAACUCAGAGAACAUCAUGGCUGGGAAUUUUUUACAUGUGCAUACCGACUGGAGUCGCUCUUGGUUAUGUUUAUGGUGGAUGGGUUGGAACCAGUUUUGGUUGGCGCUAUGCAUUUUUUGGUGAGGCAAUUCUAAUGCUGCCAUUUGCUAUUUUGGGUUUUAUGAUGAAACCUUUGCAAAUGAAAGGUAUGUCAAAUGAUAAAAAUGUCCCAGGGUCUUUGACUGAAGAGUUCUCUGAUCAUACCUCAAAGAAACCUUUCAGCUAUGGUUCAUUUACUUCUAAUCAGCUAUACAGAUUUUGGCAAGAUAUAAAGGAUCUUUUGCACGAGAAGAUAUAUGUCGUAAAUGUUUUAGGUUAUAUUGCAUAUAAUUUUGUCAUUGGUGCAUAUUCAUACUGGGGACCAAAGGCUGGUUAUAGCAUAUAUCAAAUGAACAAUGCGGAUAUAUUGUUUGGAGGAAUCACAAUUGUCGGUGGAAUUGUGGGGACAUUGGGAGGAAGUAUAAUCCUGGAUCGCAUGAAUUCCACAAUCCCCAAUGCUUUUAAGCUUCUGUCCACAGCAACAUUUUUCGGAGCAGUAUUUUGCUUUAGUGCCUUUUGUUUCAAGAACCUUUAUGUUUACAUAGUUUUCUUUCUAAUUGGUGAGAUACUCGUUUUCGCCACUCAGGGUCCUGUGAAUUUCGUGUGUCUUCAUACUGUUAAACCAAGUUUGCGACCGUUAUCUAUGGCGAUGUCUACUGUGUCGAUUCACAUCUUUGGUGAUGUUCCAUCCGCUCCACUUGUCGGGGCUCUCCAGGACGAAGUUGACAACUGGAGGAUAUCUGCUUUGAUCCUAACUUCAGUAUUGUUCUUGGCAGCUGGAAUAUGGUUUAUAGGCAUCUUCCUGCACGGUGUGGACAGGUACAGUGAAGAUAGUGAGCAUCCGUUGGCGACUGUUGUUGAACAAUCGGAUGCAACACCCUUGCUUAAAAACAAGGCAGUGGAUACUGCUGCAUCUGCUCAACUAUAAACAUGGCAAGAUUGAUAAAUGUACAGCUCUCAUGAAAAUUGUAAAACUUUUCCUUAUUGGGGUGUAACAUUCCUUUGUAAGACCCCUCCCUCACUCACUCAUGCUGCCGAUAUAGCGCUGAUGGUGUUGUGGAUCACGAGUGUGAUGGAGUUGUUACAGUAUGCAUUACUCGAUUCUUCGGCCA